GAGAAAAGACGAUUCUUUUGCAGACGCAGUUUUGAUUACUCUAUAUAAUAGUAACCUCAACAAUUCAUUUUGGGCCUUACUUGACCACAUUAAUUAGUAACAAUUAAAGUAACUGAUAAUAAAACUCAUUAUCAACGUCUUAAGUAAUUUUUAUCUUUUAAAACUUGAUAAGAAUAUGAGUGAGGAAGUUGAAAGUUCUGAAAACUCAAAAAUAAUUACUUACAAGUGGGCGGUAUCCCUUCAUGAUAGACAAAUGCUAACCAAAACUAAUUUGAUGACUUCAGAAUUCUUUAAACUGCCAAGUAAAGAUACAGUUUUAUUUCGUAUAUACUUACGAAAUGAAACAAUUGUUUCACUUCAGUUCUCACUGUCAUUUCAAACCAAGAUAUAUGUCCUUAAAGUAGGAUCUCUUCAUCCUGAAAGAGCUGACAUAAGAAUGAAAAUAAAUGAAAGUGAGUUAAAAAGUAUGAAAAUGAUCAAUUGGAAUGGUUAUAGCCAUGAUUUUCGUUUUAAAGAGACAUGUGAAAGUGGAACUGUCAUAACGUGCACGAUAAGACCUCAUGAAUAUGAAGAUUUCAAAGAACAAGAUAUGGCAACAUUAUCUACUUUAAUGUUAGCCAAUCAUAUGAGUAAUUAUUUAUAUUCAUCAGAAUUGAGUGAUGUUAUUAUAAAAGUUAAAAAUGAAGAAUUCCCUGCCCAUAAAAUAGUUCUUGCUUCUCACAGUCCUGUUUUCAGUAAAAUGUUUAGCACAGAGAUGAAAGAAGCCAAAGAAAAUUGUGUUGAUUUCAGCGAAUUUGAUGUUGUUGUCAUCAGAGAACUUACUAAAUUUAUGUAUACAGGAAACAUUGAGGCAAAAACUCAUAUUGACGUUCUCUUUGGCUUAUUAUCCUGUGCAGACAUGUAUCAAAUGGAUAAAUUGAAUACUUUUUGUCAGUAUAAAUUGAUUGAAAAUUUCAGCGUCGAGAAUAUAAUUAAAAUUACAGUAGAAACUGAAAGAUAUGACGUGCCAAAGCUUAAAGAAAGAGCAAUGGAUUUCUUAGAUUUUAAUAAACGUGAAAUAUUAUUUACUGAUGCGAUAAAUCAAGUUCAUCAUUCUAGCGUGUUGAAGGAGUUUUUUUCCAAUGAAAUGGGAAUGAAGAACUAGGUGCUUAAAUUAAUUAAAUAAUAUAAUUAAUAAGAUAUCUAAUAUUCUGUUUAUUUUUCCGCAACGUAUUUUUUAUCGUAUCUAUAAAAACAUACCAUUAAGUUUAAUUGACAUCAUAUAAUUUAGUUGAAUCUACAGUAAAAUACCUUGGCUACAACAUUUUAUACUUCAAUGCUAAUAAGGAAAAUUACUAAAACUGUUGAUUACAAAUUAAUAUAAAAUAAAAGUUUGAGACACCCUAGCGGUUAUGCCGUAGCGGUCAAUUGUCGGUCAAUGAUGGAAUAAUUCCUUGUCAAAGAUUCGUUUAUCUUCGGUAAUUUGACGGUGAUUUUCAGGUGACAUUGUGAAAGAUUAUCUUCGUUCAUCAAUCGAAUUUAUAUAGCUAUCGCAUGAUAAAAUUACAUCGUUUCUAUUAGAAGAAAAAGGUGAAAUCGUAAGUGAUUGUGCGCGUUUUCACUAUGAAUCGACCGAUUGUGCAUGCGGAAAGUACAGAUUGCCGCAAGUUCAUUUAAAGCGUUUUUACCGACUAUUCACCCGGAAUUGACUCGCCUAAAACUUGCGUCUCACGGUUACUUCACUUUAUAUUCAAGGGUGAUUUAAUUGGUGUUAUGACGUAAAUUCGCCGCUAACAAUUGGUCUAAAAUUGAUGACAUGUUGGCAAAUAAACCAAUAAUACAUUCUUAUGAAAUAUUGUAUGUCUAUAUAAAUAAUGUUUCUUCAUACAAAAUGUCAUGUUAUUUAUGAUAAUUUUUUAACUGCUCAUUAUUUUUUAUAAAAAAAUUCAAUUAAUAUCUUUUUAUUGAAAUGUAUUUAUUUAACUAUUACAUUUAAUUGCCUUGUGAUUAUAAAUAUUAAAUAAUGAUUGUGAUAGAAGCAUGUAAUUGAAUCUGUUACAAGAUAUGAGAUACUGAAAAGAUUGACAAACUUUUUAUAAACUUGAAAAUAAAUUAUAUACAUUUUAAAAAUCUAUAUAUUAUUCUUAAACAUAAAAUGAUAAAUUCUACUUAGAGUGACAAAGACUUUAUUCUCAACAUCGUUAAUACUUUUACUAUUAUAAGUUAUCAAUAAUAUAGUUAAACAAUUACUUUAGAAAUUAUGACUUAGUAACAUCACGUAUAUCAUUUAAUCUCGCCCUUCUCUUUCUAAUCAUCCUUCUCUUCUUCUUCAUUUUCUUCUCCUUCUCCUCUUAGCGUUUC